CUCCCGUAAUCUGUAUACAUGAAAUCUGAGAUACGCGGCAGAAAUUUGGCUCGUCACCUCUGAUCAUGCACCGCACCAGAAAUAAACUCUAACGUCCUAAGUCACCGCUCCUGGAGAGCUGCACAGAAUGAACCUGCGGCCGUUGGGAGAGGAGCGAUGCAUGCGCGGCCGCACUUCUGAUUCCAGAACGUAGGAUUGGGGGUAAUCUGAAAGGAAUAAGCUGAAAUGGCGACCCAGGUGUCUAACUCCGGGCCAGCGAGGUCCGCGUUGGGCUCGGAGGACUACAGUCUGUACAGCAGUUUGAGCGAGGAGGAGUUGAUACAAAUGGCCAUCGAGCAGAGUCUGGGGGAGACGAACCCGGGGCAGACAACUGGCCCCAGACAUCAAAAACUGCCUGCCAAUGUCAACGAGGGGGCAGCAGCUGCCAGCUGGAACAGACCCACCACGAAAAAAGAGCCCCCGCAGCCCCCAGCAAACAACAGCACAGCGCAGUCCCCCGGCGCGGGGUCAGGGAAGGCGGUAAGGAAGAGGUAUGAUGGCAGCUAUUACUGCACCAACCAGACCAUCGAGUGGAGUCCCAUCGAAGAGACGAUCAUGAAGAAGGACGAGGAGGCGCUGAACGAAAUGAUGAAGGCAGGAAAACAUCUCUACGAACCCAACAAGGACGGCUGGCUUCCGCUGCACGAGGCGGCCUACUACGGGGCGCUGGGCUGCGCAAAGCUUCUGCUGCAAGCGUAUCCGUGCACGAUUGACCAGCGGACCCUGCUGGAGGAGACGGCAACGUACAUGGCGACGGUGAGGGGAAACUUAGACGUCUUGCGGUUCCUGCUGCACUCCGGAGCCGAGCCCGAUAUCGCCAACAAGUCCAGAGAGACCCCGCUUUAUAAAGCCUGUGAGCAGAGAAACGCGGACGCCGUGCGGCUGCUCGUGGAGUACCGGGCCGACGUUAAUCAUCGCUGUAACCGGGGCUGGACCGCGCUGCAUGAAGCCGUGGCGCGGAACGACCUGGAGAUCAUAGAAAUUCUGGAGAAAAACGGAGCAAAAAUCGAAGCCAAAAACUGCUACGGCAUCACCCCCCUGUUUGUUGCUGCCCAGAGCGGCCAGCUGGAGGCAUUGCGAUAUCUCAUAAAAUGCGGGGCUGAGAUCGAUACACAAGCCAACGAUAACGCCACGGCGCUGUUUGAGGCCUCUAAAAACGGCCAUGAGGAAAUUGUGGAGUGUCUGCUGGCCCAAGGAGCCGACGCCAACAAACAGAACAAAGACGGGCUGCUGCCUAUUCACGUCGCAGCCAAAAAGCGAGACAACGAUGAGAUCGUCUCCAUGCUCAUCCCGGUGACCAGCCGCGUCCGAGUGAAGCGCAGCGGGAUCAGCCCGCUCCAUAUCGCGGCAGAGCGGAACAACGACGACGUCUUAGAGGAACUCGUCAACGCCGGCUACGACGUCAACUUCACCCUUUCCCACGACCGCGCGCGGCUCUACGAGGACAAGCGCAGCACCGCGCUCUACUUCGCCGUCAUGAACAAUAACAUCCACGCAACCCAACUGCUCCUGGAAGCCGGAGCCAACCCCAACAUCGACCUCAUCAACCCGCUGCUCAUUUCCAUACGCCACGGGUGCUGCAAGACGAUGAAACUGCUUCUGGACCAUGGCGCCAACAUCAACGCCUACAUCGCCACUCACCCGACCUCCUUCCCGGCCACCAUUAUGUUUUCCAUGAGGUUCCUGAGCAUUCUGAAGUUCAUCAUGGACCUGGGAUGUGACGGAGAAACCUGCUUUAAAUGUGACUAUGGAAAUGGGCCCCAUCCCCCGAUAGAAAUGACGAGCCGUGAACAGACUGGCCCCAAACAACCAAAAAUCGUGCAGUUUUGUGAGAUGGUUUCUACGCCGGACCUCAGCCGCUGGGCAGGACCCAUCAUAGACGUUCUUCUCGAUUACGUCGGAAACGUCACCCUUUGUUCUCGGCUGCAGGAACAUUUAGACAGCUUCGAAGACUGGGAGUGCAUCAAGGCAAAAUCGGAACCCCCCCGGCCCCUGACACAUCUGUGUCGCUUGAGAGUCAGAGAACUCGUCGGAAUAAACCGCAUCAGGCUGCUAAACACGCUGCCGCUGCCGCAGAGACUCCUCCGGUAUCUGACGUACGAUAAUUCCGAUGGCUGUUAAGCUGACCUCCGGAACGCCGCGCAUGGAUAACGUGUUGUUCUCGCAAUAAGCUUAUGGCUGAAAGGGGAAGGGCAAAACAGGAUCAGGUAUUUAUUCUCCAGCUGUGAAAGGGUUAAACAGAGGAUGAACUGCGGGGGGAACAACGUUUCCAGGAAAGUCACAGAAUGGUCAGCAACGCAAGUCUGAUUUCAAGGCUGUGUAAGUGAAUGAAUGC